AUGGCUUUUAACCAGCAGACUCCAUUCUACAACCCGAGAGUCCCGUUCACCGGCUCGAUCCACGGAGGUCUGCAAGACGGGAAGUCCAUCACUGUGAGCGGGCGAGUGUUGCCGGCGGCUGACAGAUUCAGCCUGAACCUUCAGUGCGGCUCGGGGCACAACGCGAACGUGGCGUUUCACUUCAACCCGCGCUUUGACUGUCACCCGACCACCAUUGUCUGCAACAGUCAGCAGAGCGGGGCCUGGGCUGCGGAGGAGCGCCACCACAACCCACCCCUGCCCCAGGGCGCCGGCUUCAGCCUCACCAUCACUGUCCGCGCACACGCAUACCAGGUGUCCAUCAACAACCAGCACGUCCUGGAGUUCAGACACAGGCUCCCCUUUCACCAGGUGGACACCAUCAAAGUGGAAGGACGCGUAGAGAUCUCCUCCAUCUCCUUCAUGAGCCCUGAAGCCGCGCCCAUUCAGCCCGGGUGGUUCCCUCCAGCGUAUGGAGGAUUCCCCUCUGCUCCAGGCUUUCCGUGUCAGCCCGGGUUCCCUUCUCAGCCUGGGUUCCCUUCUCAGCCCGGGUUCCCUUCUCAGCCUGGGUUCCCUUCUCAGCCUGGGUUCCCUUCUCAGCCCGGGUUCCCUUCUCAGCCUGGGUUCCCUUCUCAGCCCGGGUUCCCCUCUUACCCUGGGUUCCCUGCUCAACCUGGGUUUCCUCCUGCUGCUCCUAGAGUCCCGUUCACCGGCUUGAUCAACGGAGGUCUGCAGGACGGGAAGUCCAUCACCGUGAGCGGGCGAGUGCUGCCGGCGGCUGACAGAUUCAGCGUGAACCUUCAGUGCGGCUCGGGGCACAAUGCGAGCGUGGCGUUUCACUUCAACCCUUGCUUCGACUGUCACCCGACCACCAUUGUCUGCAACAGUCAGCAGUGCGGGGCCUGGGCCGCGGAGGAGCGCCACCACAACCCACCCCUGCCCCAGGGCGCGGGCUUCAGCCUCACCAUCACUGUCCACGCACAUGCAUACCAGGUGUCCAUCAACAACCAGCACAUCCUGGAGUUCAGACACAGGAUCCCCUUUCACCAGGUGGACACCAUCAAAGUGGAAGGACGCGUAGAGAUCUCCUCCAUCUCCUUCAUGAGCCCUGGAGCCGCGCCCAUUCAGCCCGGGUGGUUCCCUCCAGCGUUCGGAGGAUUCCCCUCUGCUCCAGGCUUUCCGUCUGUUGCCAACAUUAUUGUUGCCAAAGCCUCUGACCAAAAGCACUUCCUCUGA